GAUCACACACACACACACACACCUGACCCCCGCAGCGUCUCUGAGAGCUCACCUGGGGUCAGAGGGCGUCUGCAGGAUGGAGAGGCUGCUGAGGAGGUGCCGGAUCAGAAACUCUCUGGUCAGGGAAUGCCUGGCCGAAUGCCUCGGAGUUUACACCCUGAUUUUGUUUGGAUGCGGCACCGUCGCACAGGUGACGACGUCUCAAGAAAAAAAUGGCCAGUAUCUUUCGAUCAACCUUGGCUUUGCUUUGGGGGUGACGUUCGGGGUCUUUGUGUCCCGUGGAGUCUCAGGGGCUCACCUGAAUCCUGUGGUUACGCUCAGUUUGUGCGUUUUGGGCAGACAUCCAUGGAUGAAGCUCCCUUUCUAUACCUUUUCCCAAAUGUUUGGAGCCUUUCUGGGUGCAGCCACAGUUUUUCUGCAGUACUACGACGCCAUCUUGAGUUACGGCGGGGGUCAGCUGACGGUCACGGGUAAGACGGCUACAGCAGGAAUAUUCAGCACUUACCCAGCUGAAUACCUCAGUUUGGGGGGAGGCUUCUUGGACCAGGUGAUCGGCACCGCUGCUCUGCUACUGUGUGUCCUGGCUACAGGGGACCAGAGGAACACCUCCAUACCCGAUUAUCUUCAGCCCCUCCUGGCCGGAGCCACGAUCCUGGUUAUCGGCGUCUCCAUGGGCUCAAACAGCGGAUACGCCCUGAACCCGGCCAGAGAUUUUGGACCUCGCUUCUUUACUUACAUUGCUGGCUGGGGAGAUGACGUUUUCAGGGCUGGACGUGGUUGGUGGUGGGUACCGUUAGUCGCUCCCUGCAUCGGCGGUUUGGUAGGAACUCUGAUCUAUGAGCUGCUGGUUGAAGUCCAUCAUGCAUUCCUUCCUCCGGAGGAUCAGUCUUCAUGUCAAGAAACCACCGAGGGAAAGUCUCUGGAGCUGGAGGGAGUGGAACCAAGUGUUGGAAAGUCUGCAUAGCUGUCAGAUUGUGCUUUACCAAAGACUAAAGCUGACGUACUAAAGGAUCUGAUUGAGGAAGUCUGUUAUCAGACAAAACAAGCUAUCAGCCUUAGAAUUCCUUGGAAGAACCUUUACAGCUGUUUAAUGAUGAUCAUAAACCUAAUUUGUUAUUUCUGAGUAACCUAAGAGUCUGUUCAGAAACAGUUUAGUUCUGAACUUUAAUAAAAUCCAAAAACUGAAUCGGAA